AUGGAGGGCGAGGAGCCCAGCAUGGAGGGCAUGGGGGGCCCGUCCCCUCCUCCGGCCGAGGAGCCCUCGGGCCCGUCCCCUCCUCCGGCCGAGGAGCCCUCGGGCCCGUCCCCCCCGCCAGGCCAGGAGCCCUCGGGCCCGUCCCCCCCGCCAGGCCAGGAGCCCUCGGGCUCGUCCCCCGCUCCGGCCGAGGAGCCCUCGGGCUCAUCCCCCCGUCCGGCCGAGGAGCCCUCGGGCUCGUCCCCCCCACCAGGCCAGGAGCCCUCGGGUCCGUCCCCCGCUCCGGCCAAGGAGCCCUCGGGCCCGUCCCCCCCGCCAGGCCAGGAGCCCUCGGGUCCGUCCCCCGCUCCGGCCGAGGAGCCCUCGGGCCCGUCCCCCCCGCCAGGCCAGGAGCCCUCGGGCCCGUCCCCCCCACCAGGCCAGGAGCCCUCGGGUCCGUCCCCCGCUCCGGCCGAGGAGCCCUCGGGCCCGUCCCCCCAGCCAGGCCAGGAGCCCUCGGGUCCGUCCCCCCCACCAGGCCAGGAGCCCUCGGGCCCGUCCCCCCCGCCAGGCCAGGAGUCCUUGGGCCCACCCUGCUCGCUGGCCGAGGCGCCGGCUGGGGCUGGGGUGGGGGCCGACGAGCAGGAGGACAAGGAGGAGGUGGAAGUUACCGACAGCCACACCCAGACGAAGCACAAGCCCCAGGGGGGCGCUAAGAAGAAAGCAGCCAAGAAAGCGGCUGUGGGCUACUCGGUGCGGCCCGUCGUCCCGGCCAGGAGGGCCGAGCUGGUGGCCGUGGCCAAGGCCAUGCACCGGGAGCAGUUCAGCCGGGAGGUGCAGGAGCUGUUCCACCUGGAGAGGGAGGCGGCCCUCAAGGCCAUGCAGACAGGUCUCUACAUCGGCUGGCGCUGCCCUGAGUACCUGUGGGACUGCUUCCGCGUGGGUGACCUCUCCAAGUGCUUCUGCGGGCACCUCCUGCGGGAGCACCAGGUCUACGUCGAGACAUGUGCGCGGGUGCCCUGCACCGUGCCCAGCUGCAAGUGCCAGAGCUUCAUCUUCAUCCCCUCCCGGCCCGAGGACGUGGGCGAGUUCUGGCUGAGGAAGAGAGUUGGCUUCGACCCCUCCGCCUGGCGGGCCACGUGCCGCUGCAAACACAGCCACGAGCAGCAUGCGCCCGGCGCCAGCCGCGCCUGUCGGGCCACAGGCUGUUGGUGCGUCAGCUUCGAGUCCAACUUCCUGUGUGCGGCCUGCGACCGGCGCUGGGAGGAGCACGAGACCUUCUUCGAGACGGCCGAGACGCGGCGAAAGGGAGGCCGGCCCUAUGGACUGCGGCGCCCGGCCAAGCAGAGCGGCAAGAAGGCGUGAGACCCGGCCCGCGGCAGCCACCAAUAAAGGGAGUUGGCUCUGCACGUGUGGAGGUCGGGCGUGGGGCAGAUCUCUGGGCCGGGGAGCACCGCGCGCGGGGGGACGGAGUGAGCGAGCCAGCUGGGGGGUACCCUGGGAGCAGCCCUGUGUGCUGCCAGCCUGGAGGCAGAGCUCCGGCUCCUGGCUCAGCCCAAUGGCCCAGCCCGGAGCUGCUUGGCACCUGUGUGAGCCGCUGCUGCGUGCUGCCAGCCUGGCCGUUAACCCCACAGCCAGGGUCCCCUGUGAC